AUGAGCGCGCAAGAAUUACGCCGCCAACGAGGAUAUAUUAAGGCAAAACAAAUACAUAUUUGGAAGUUUGUGGAAAACGUGGCAAACCAGAGGACAUCGCCGAGCAUCGAAACGGUCACAAUAUAUUCAAAAAGAUUAGAGCAAGUGUACAAGGAAUUUAACGAAAUACAGCGGCAAUUGGUAUGCGUUAUCGAGGAGAAUGAGCUGCCAAUUGAAGAUCAACGAGAAGACGAUGUAUUUGAAGAACGAUAUGUAGAAUUGAGUGCAACAUUGUCGAGAUGGGCUGCUGCAAUUAAAUCGAUUAUAAGUACAACUAACGGUGGCGAAUCACUUGCACAAGUGAUAGAGCAGCAGACAGAAGUAAUUAGAGCGUUAAGUUCAAAUGGUUCACAAAUUGAUACCACAGUCAAACUGCCGGUAAUCAAUUUGCCAAUCUUUUCGGGAGAAAUAGAGGACUGGACACGGUUUUCUGAUACCUUUACCGCAUUAAUUCAUAACAACGAUUUAUCGGCAAUUCAAAAACUGCAAUAUUUGAUCGGUGCACUGACGGGAAGCGCGGCAAAAAUCAUCGAAUCAAUCGAGAUUUCGGCACAGAACUACGAAGUGGCCUGGAAUCUUUUAAAAAACAGUUACGAAGAUAAGAAAGUUUUAAAGCGAAGACAUCUUCAAUGUUUAUUUGAAGCACCUAAGGUCGAGCGAGAAUCAGCCGUUGAUAUUCAAGAAUUAAUUAAUCAUUUCCAGAAACAUCUUCGAAUUGUAAAAUCCAUCAGUGAAACAUGGGCGGAUUCUUUGAUAUUAUAUAUGGUGGAAGAGAAGCUGAACAGAGUUACUCGGCGCCGCUGGGAAGAGAGGAAGGAAAGUCGACAAAAUGUUACAGUCGAUUUAUUAUUUGAUUUUUUACAGCGACGUAUGCAAAUGCUUGAUCGACUGGGCAGCGCAUUCCACAGAGAGGAAUCGAACUAG